AUGGACUGCGAGAAUUUUGACAAUAAUCUUGUUAGUCACGGAAACUGUAUCACUCAAAAUGACGAGAAACAAGUCGUCAUCGAUGAGAAGACUUGUAAAGAAGACGUUAAGUUAACUGAUAAGCUUAACACCAGCCAGAAUAAUGGCAAUGAUCAUGAUAAUAAUGAAAACACCUUCAUUCAAGAUGACGAGGAACAAGUCACCAUCGAUAAGAAAACUGACAGAGAAGACGUUAAGUUAACUGAUAAGCGUAACACCCGCCAGAAUUAUGGCAAUGAUCAUGAUGUUAAUGGAAACACCCUCGUUCAAGAUGACGAGGAACAAGUCAGAAUUGAUAAGAAAACUGAUAGAGAAAUCGUCGACUCAAUUAAUGACCGUGGAGACUGCGAGAAAACUGACAAUGUUAUUAGCGGAAACUCUGUCAGUCAAAAGAAAUUUAAACAGGACUCCGUCGAUGAGAAAACUGACAAAGAAGAUGUCAAGUCAACUGAUGACAAUGAUCCUGAUGAUAUCCCAAGUUGUUUCUGUGCGUUGUUAUGA